UCAUCUGCAUUCGGGGUGUAUUGGUUUGGUUUAUUGAUUUGUGGAUCUAUCGAUGCAUCUCGCUGCUCCAUCAUGAUUCGUCUUGCCCUCCCCCAGAGCGCCUCACCAGCCCGUCCGGCCCUCUCGAUGCGAAAAGCUGUGAGUCGUGAUCCGACCCCUGCGCGAAGGCCCCAGUCGGAUCCUGCGCAUAUUGGCACUCAGGCCCUCUAGUGUCUCUCUCUCCAAUCUCCAUCCUCGUCCAUCGCGACCUUUUCGUUUGUCUGGCAGCGCGUCCCACGACUCCACCGUCCUCCGGAGAAUGAGAGGACCCAGGACAUUCCAGAGCCUUGUCUGGGCCCCGGGUCCGUUUCACCGCCAUCAGCCAUGCCCGCCCUGCCCGCCCUGCCCGCCAUGCCUCCACGAAUCCAUCAAUCCAUGCCUCGAUGCCUCUCCCUGCUGAUGCUGAGCCCUGGGCCCUGGCCAUUGGCAGACCCAGUCACGCGUGGGCGACGUGGGAUGCCGCUCCCCAACUCCACGCUCACUCAAUCUCUGAUUCUAACUGAGCGCAGCGGGGUGGGGGCGCUCUGGGGCAUCGCGACUUAUGUAUAUGUAUGAAUCCUCUCCUGUGGCCGUCGAGGGGGAUCUCGGAGAUAAUACCGAACGUCUGGCAACCCCUCCAUUAUCCAUACACCGUCCGAUCGAUCGGUCUAGUCGUUGAGUAUCCUCGUUGAACAUCACCUCCUGCUCGAGACCGCCGCAUCACAUCGCAUCGUACAGCCUCGGUCUGGAGAUUGUGCCCGCCAGACCUCAUCACCGCACAGACGCCAGACGCCAGACGCACAGAUCCGUGGGAUAUAAGCCGUAUAUAUAGGUUUAUACGCGCGUAUAUCAAGAUCUUCUUGCCUCCGCUCACAGGAUUCGCCUCGUUUUUCUUUCUGCCAGACAUCUGCUUUGCUUUUCUGCAUCCGUCUAUCCUUCCUUCUAGCCCCCCCCCCCC